AUGAAGCUCUCGUUUUCUCUCCUUGUGUCCUUGGCUGCAGUGAUUGAUGCUGCUGCCAUCAGUUAUGCACUGACUACCACCGACGUCGUAUACAUCACUCAUUACACUACCGAGUCAUAUUUUACUGAGCCUCCAAGCACCUCGGAUUUGUCUCUGGUUGCAACGCUGGACGUUCCAACUACCACCUCGACCACUCCUGAUGCUGCUACCACUCCUUCUACCACAGACGCUACUACUCCUACGUCUCAGGCUCCUACCACUUCUGCUGCUCCAACUACUUCUGCUGCUCCAACUACCCCUGCUGCUCCUACAACAACCUCCACUUCGUCUACGUCGACCACUCCUCCUGCUACUCCAGCAGCCUCUCCUUCCCCAAUUCCUAGAGACAACAAUUUGAACACUUUCCAAUCCGACAUUUUGAAUGAGCACAAUGCUAAGAGAGCCUUGCAUGGUGUUGCUCCAUUGACUUGGAACCCAACUUUGGCUCAAUACGCUGCUGACUACGCUGCUAACCACUUUAGUUGUGACAAUGUUCAAUUGAUCCACUCUGGUGGCCCUUACGGUGAGAACUUGGCUGCCGGUUACGUUGGCGGCAAGUCUCCAGUCGAUGCUUGGUACGGUGAGAUCUCUCAAUAUGACUACAACCACCCCGACUUUUCGCCAGCCACUGGUCACUUUACUCAAGUCGUCUGGAAGGGUACUUCUGAGCUCGGAUGCGCCUAUGUCACUUGUAACAACGCUUGGAGACAAUACACCAUCUGUGAGUACCAAGAACCAGGUAACUGGCUCGGAGAGUUCGCAGAGAAUGUCUUGCCUUUGGUCUAA